GGGAGAGCUAAGGAAGCGGAGAGGUGGCGAGGGCUGGGGUUUGGAAACGAUAGCCAGCGUUAGCUUUCAUCUCGUCGCAUUUUGCAGGACACGUCUUGGAUGUCAAAUCCGCCGAAGAAGUUAAGUUCAGAGGAACCGGAAACGACCCUGCGGCUACGUAGUUGUGAGCUUCACGUGCAGGCCCCGCCCCCUCCAUUACAGAGAACACACAGCCGUUGAGAAAAACCUUCGUAGACACGCCCAUCAUAAAAUCAGGCCCUCCCAUUGGUCACCGCCAGCUAAGCAGUCACCUGAUUGGCUGGAAAUGCCAACGCGUUACGAUACAUAGACGCUUGAAUGGACUCUAUUCCUUACGUUGUUUUUUCAACGUAGCGACGUUGUGAAGUGACGAGGCAGAACAUUUGCGUGAUGAUAUUGGAUAUUUCGGAGAAAACAGACGACGGUAGGAUUUAAAAGAAGAAAACGGACACUGAAGGCGGUAGUUCGCUCCACAAGAUGGCAGUAAUGACUCGGGAAAUCAGCUCGCUGCCUUAAAAACCUCAAAGAAGGAGAACCACACUGCGCAUGCGUAAAUGAAAAAGGGACACCAGGUAAAUAUGGCUGUAUAGUGCAGUUUCUGUUCAUUUCACAGCAUGGCUCUGGUUCCGUACGUGGAGAACUCGUUACCUGCGCUCUCCAAACUCCACAACUCAUCAGCACAGUUUCACUUCGCCAACCACGACCUCCGUCUCGCCCAGGACUGGAAAAAGCUUGGGGUCGCAGCAGUUGUGUGGGAUGCGGCGGUUGUUAUGUGCAUGUACCUGGAGCUGGGGAAGGUGGAGGUGAAGGGGAAGGAAGCUAUUGAACUGGGAGCUGGCACUGGACUGGUGGGCAUUGUGACAGCCCUGCUGGGUGAGUUCAUAGACUUUUUAAAGGGUAUUAAACAUGAUUUUACUGUAUCAGUCAAUGUCAUAUUCUUAACCUUUCAAGGUGCCAAAGUGACCAUCACUGACAGACAGCCUGCCCUGGACUUCCUGUCUGCCAAUGUGAAGGCAAACCUGCCCCCAGACUCCCAGGGUGCAGUGGUUGUGUCUGAGCUGACCUGGGGCGAGGGCCUCGAACAAUACCCAGCAGGGGGAUUCGAGCUGGUGCUGGGAGCAGACAUCGUUUACCUGGAGGACACCUUUGUGCCACUGCUGCGGACUCUGGAGCACCUGUGUUCGGACACCGGUGUGGUGUUACUGGCCUGUAAGAUCCGCUACAAGCGAGACACAGACUUCCUGAGCAUGCUGAAGCAGCGGUUCACAGUCGAAGAGGUCUACUACGACAAACAGAGGGACAUCCAUGUGUAUAAAUCUUGGAAACUGCCACCUAGGGAGGAUUUGUGACAACUGAGUGCUAUUUAGUCAGUUUUCAUUCAUUGAUUGUGUUCUUAUUUGUAAUUAUUUACUGUUUUUUUGCAUAAGAAUCAAAUAAAAUGUUCAAAAAUCA